AUGGAUUAUCAACGAUCCGAGCCCAUCGCUAUUGUUGGCAGCGGUUGCCGUUUCCCCGGUGCUGCCAAUUCUCCUGCUGCUCUCUGGCAGCUACUGGAAAGUCCACGUGACAUCUUGACGGAGAUACCUAAAGAACGUUUUGAUGUGCGAGGCUGGUACCACAGAGACGGGGAUCACCAUGGCACGUCCAAUGUUCUACACUCCUACACCCUGGAGGAGAAUCUUACCAAGUUUGAUGCCAACCUCUUUGGCAUUAGUGCAGGUGAGGCUGAGUCCAUUGACCCUCAGCAGCGCCUCUUGCUGGAAACUGUCUACGAGGCCCUUGAAGCUGGUGGCCACACCAUCCAGUCUUUACGUGGCUCUGACACUGCCGUCUAUGUUGGUGUUAUGGGAGGGGACCAUGAAACCAGCCUUCUCAGAGAUGCCAACAUACUUUGCGACGGGCACAUCGCGCGCAAUUCUUUCAAACCGAAUCUCUUACUUUUUCGAUUGGCGUGGACCGUCUAUGACUAUCGACACAGCAUGCUCUUCGAAGUUGCUAUUGCAUGUGGCAGUACUCUGCUUCUAGGCCCUGAAAUGUAUGUGGCCGAGAGUAACAUGCACAUGCUGUCGCCCACAGGCAGAUCCCGCAUAUGGGAUGCUGAUGCUGACGGCUAUGCUCGCGGCGACGGUAUCGCGACCGUUGUUCUUAAGAAGCUGACCAAUGCUCUUGCUGAUGGCGACCACAUCGAAUGUAUCAUCCGUGAGACUGGCAUCAACCAAGAUGGCCGCACACAGGGAAUCACUGUACCAAGCUCGGAGGCGCAAGCUGCACUUAUCCGCCGCACCUAUGCUCGAGCUGGCCUUGACCUUGCAAAUCCCGCCGACAGACCCCAGUUUUUUGAGGCAUGUGGUACCGGUACAAGUGAUCCUUUGUAUGUUGGGUCGAUCAAGACCGUCAUUGGUCACACAGAGGGUGCUGCUGGAAUAGCCAGUCUACUCAAAGCGUCGCUAUCCCUUCAAGCUGGCGUCAUUCCCCCUAAUCUGCUGUUCAAUCGCCUUAACCCGAGCAUUGAACCUUUCAUUCAGGGCCUGCAGGUUCCAACUCAUGCAAUGCCAUGGCCUGUCCUGCCUAAAGAUGCUGUGCGAAGGGCAAGUGUGAAUAGUUUUGGUUUCGGCGGCGCCAAUUCUCACGCCAUCUUGGAGAGCUACCAAGCACAGGUUGACAACUCUAGCAGCGCCCUGGUUGUACCGGCUACUCCCUUUGUCUUCUCCGCAGCGUCAAACACCUCGCUCGUUUCCAGUCUGCAGGCACACUUGGACUAUCUAAAAACCAACCCAGUCAACAUGCGGGAUCUUGCCUGGACACUCCAGCAGCGUCGUUCUACUUUCUCACAUAAAAUCGCAUUCUCGGCUCCUGACGUCAAAAGCUUGAUCCGGAAGAUGGAGCUCAGACUCAAAGAGUACGAGGAUAAGUCGGACGCGAACAUUGGCGUCCGAUCGAGUUCAACGCCCCCAAAGGUCUUUGGUGUUUUCACUGGUCAGGGCGCGCAAUGGCCAGCCAUGGGUGCUGAACUAAUACGUUCCUCCGAAUUUGUUCGCCGCCGAUUGCAGGAGCUUGAUGGUGCCCUGGCAACCUUGCCAGCUACAGACCGACCGACCUGGAAAAUUGCUGACCAAUUACUCCUUGAUGCCAAGUCGUCUUGUAUCACCGAAGCCGCUGUCGCCGGGAUUAUGCUAAGUUCUGUGGUGGGUCACUCCUCUGGUGAGAUUGGUGCGGCAUAUGCUGCAAACUUCAUCAAUGCCCGGGAUGCUAUUCGAAUUGCCUACUACCGUGGCUUUUACGCGAAGCUUGCAGGCGGAUCGAGCGGACACAAAGGCGCUAUGCUUGCUGUUGGAACAUCUCUCGAAGAUGCCACUAAAGUGAUUGAGCUUGACGCCUUUGUUGGACGUGUCGCGGUCGCUGCACACAACUCCCCAGCAAGCGUUACCUUGUCGGGCGAUGCAGAUGCUAUCGUUGAGGUCAAGGCUGUCUUCGAAGAGGAAAAGAAGUUCGCACGUCUACUUAAGGUCGACACCGCUUACCACUCACACCAUAUGCUGGCUUGCGGCGAUGCCUCUGUGACCUGGUACUCCAGUGUGACAGGGGAUGAGGUCAUGGAGCCGACUACACUACUUCAAGAUUUAUAUUGGCGUAACACCAUGGUACACAGAGUCUCCUUCUAUGAAGCUGUGACGGCAGCAGCUCGAGCUGAGAAGCCGACUCUUGCCAUCGAGAUUGGGCCUCACGCUGCUCUCAAGGGCCCAACACAGCAGAACAUUGCCGAAACUGGCCUCAACCUUCCCUACACCGGUGUUAUGUACAGAGGUCUCAACGAUAUUGAAGCAUUCGCCGAUGGUCUGGGCUAUAUGUGGACCCAAUUCGGCCCUGAGGCUGUUAACUUCGCUGCCUUCGAGCGACUUUUCCUUGACGCUCCGAAGGCCAAGCUCGCCACUAGUCUGCCUUCCUACCACUGGGACCAAAAGACCCACUGGCAGGAGUCUCGCAUCGCACGUAGGAUGAGAAGUCGAUCGGACCCAUUCCACGAGCUGCUCGGUGUACCUCAUGUUGACAAUACUGAGCUCGAGCGUCGCUGGUCGAAUGUGCUUAAAAUCCCAGAGGUACCUUGGCUGACGGGCCAUAAGCUGCAGGGUGAGCCGGUAUUUCCAGCAGCUGGCUACGCCAGCAUGGCCUUUGAGGCAACCAAGUAUAUCAUUGGAAACAGGCCUAUCAAAUUGAUCGAAUUGCGAGAUCUGGUCAUCGGAAAAGCCAUCACCUUUGGAGGCGAAUCCGAUCCUGCCGCUGAGACUCUGGUAACUCUAACGGAUAUUACUCCAAGCAAAUCGAAUCUGAAAACUCGGGCAGCGAAAUUCUCCGUUUACUCCGCUGCUAUCAAGUCGGCGCGAGACCUUGAAGUCAACGCCAGCGGUACAAUAAACGUGAUCUUCGGUGAGCCUUCGAUGUCGGUCCUGCCACCAAUCCAGCUGGAUGACUCGAAUAUGACCGAGACCGACUCGGAGAGAUUCUAUACUUCCCUCUCAACCAUUGGGUAUGGAUACUCUGACUCUUUCCGCACUAUGGCAAACUUGAAGCGCAAGCUCAAUCAGGCUACUGCUCUGAUAUCUAGCUUCGACUACGGUGAUGAAUCUGAAGGGUUAAUGGUUCACCCCGCGCUGCUUGACGUGGCUUUCCAGAGUGCUAUCUUGGCAUACUCGGCGCCUGGUGAUGGACGCUUGUGGUCUUUGCACGUCCCAACGAUCUUCGAGUGUAUCCGUGUGAAUCCAGAACUCUGUGCUACCCUACCUUUGCACUCAGUUCAGCUUCCGGUGCGAGCUCAACUCCUUGCCCCUGAGGCGAACACUGUCGACUCGAUUCGUGGCAAUCUAGACAUACUCAGCGCGGACGAGCAACACGCUAUGAUCCAGGUCCAAGGCGCUGCUGUUGUGCCCGUCUCGAUGGCCACGGUUUCCGACGAUCGCACUGUUUUCUCAUACAACAAGCUCGGCGUCGCAGCUCCAGAUGGGGAACUGGCUCUUGGCGAACUGAAACCAUCAACGAAUGACAUGCAGCUUGGCAUUGUUCGUGAAAGAUUUGCCUUCUUCUACUACAGAAAGUGGAUCUACGAACUUACUGAGGCAGACUGGACAAAGCCUGAGUGGCAUUUUCAACGCCUGCGGGAUUCGAUUAAUUGGACCUUGUCUCUCGUUGAUGCCGGAAAGCAUCCCUAUAUCCAGUCAGAGUGGCGUAAUGACACCCAGACACAGAUCGAUGCUCUCUUCGAAGCGCAUGCUGACUCCGUGGAUUUCCGCCUGGUGAGAACCGUGGGCGAGGCUCUUCCAUCUGCCGUUCGACGUCAGUCAACGAUGAUUGAACAUAUGAUGAAGGACGGCUUGCUGGACGAGUUUUACAAAUAUGGGCUUGGCUUUCAGGUUUACAACGAGUCCUUGGGCAGAAUGGUCUCCCAGUUCACACACGUCUACCCAAGGGCCAAGAUCUUUGAGGUAGGCGCUGGCACAGGAGGCGCGACCAAAUUCGUUCUCGAGGCCAUCGGUAACGGUCCUUUCCUUGGCCUACCAACCCCGUAUCCCAUAUAA